AUGUCCGGCCGCGGGAAGCAGGGCGGGAAGGCGCGCGCCAAGGCCAAGUCGCGCUCGUCGCGGGCCGGGCUGCAGUUCCCCGUGGGCCGCGUGCACCGGCUGCUGCGCAAGGGCAACUACGCGGAGCGCGUGGGCGCCGGCGCCCCGGUGUACCUGGCGGCCGUGCUGGAGUACCUGACGGCCGAGAUCCUGGAGCUGGCGGGCAACGCGGCCCGCGACAACAAGAAGACGCGCAUCAUCCCCCGCCACCUGCAGCUCGCCAUCCGCAACGACGAGGAGCUCAACAAGCUGCUGGGCAAGGUGACGAUCGCGCAGGGCGGCGUGCUGCCCAACAUCCAGGCCGUGCUGCUGCCCAAGAAGACUGAGAGUCACAAGGCUAAGGCUAAGUAA